CAAUUAUCUUCUCUUUAAAAUUUUAGAAAAAAUAAAUUGUUAUUAAAUAAUUAUUUCUAGUUACUAUUAAAUAAGUUUAAACAAUAUUGUUUAUACAAUUCGUAUCUAAACUAAUUUUAACAGAGGGAGUAAUGUUUAGUAUCAUGUUAAUCAUCAAAUUAUCUCUUAAAAACAUUACCAAAUAAGUUUUUACAAUUUUAUUUUGGUUAGAACUUAAAAAUAUGAUAAAAUCUCUUUUGUUUUUGAUUUUUUUAAAAAUAUAUCAAAUAUUUUCUUAAAGUUUUUUAGGGUUUUAGAAAAAAAAAUUAAUAUUAAAUAAUAUUUUAAAAUUUAAUUUUUUUUAGGAUUUAGAAAAAGAAAAUUAUUAUCAAAUAAUUAUUUCCAGUUAAUAUUAACUAUUUUUAGAAGUUCCUAUUUUCAAAAUUCGUUUUUUUCAAUAUCACAACUAAUUUAACAAUUUUUCUUUGUUAAUUAGAUAAAUUUUAGUAUCAUGUCUAUCAUUAAAUUUUAAAAGUGAAAAUUACUAUUAAAUAGAACUUUACAAUUAUCUUUUGUAAGGACUUUUUUUUUUUAAAUCUUAUUUGGUCAAGAUUAAAAAAAGGAAAAAAUACUUUACAAAUCUAUUUUAUUUAGGAUUUUAGGAAACAAAAAAUAUUUUCACGUAAUGCCAGGUUUUUAUUGACACAUUAACAAUAUAAUUUUUUUUUAUUUGCAACAAAUUCUAAACAAUGAGAACUAUCAAAACAAAAACAGAAAAGGGAUACACCAACAGUGAUCCAAAGUAAAUUAACACACGUCUAUUUUGCCUAAGGAUGACUAAAGAUUUUCCAUAUAAAACUUCAUAUUUGCUUUUCAAAUAGUUAAAUCUCAAGAGAGAUAAUAUUCGUAUUAAUCCAAAACACUACGCUUCAAACUUAAUUGAGAACUAUUGCCACUCUCUUUUUAAUACUACAUUAAGAGCCACCGAGACAAAACAACUAUUUAUUGCUCUAUUGAUAAUAGAGUCAAAUAGAUUACAGUUCCAUAUAAUUAUAUGUUGACUUUUGGAGUAACCAUAGUUUGCAGUAAAAACUCAAUCACCAUCAAAUAUAAAAUCAUCAACAAUUGAAGCCUGUAAGACCUGUUGCCACCAUCCCCAGUAGAUUUGUUAUUUACCUUUUUAAAACGGUUCAACUGAACCAAAAUUUCUGUCUUUUCAAAUACACUGGAAGAAACAUACAAAAGAACAAUCAAAAGAUUUGGAGUUUAAGUUGGAAAAUAUUAGUUUUACUCUGUAGAUUUAAAAUUUAUGGUAUAGUACAUAGGGUUUAAAGUAUUUUGGGGUUUGUGGAAUAGGGUUUGGAGUUUAGAUAUAGGAUUUGGAAUUUAGAUUUUUAAUUUAGGGGUCAUAAAUGUUAAAAUGAAUUAUUAAAUAUAAAUGUUAAUUAAGACUCAAUUAUCAAGUUAUAGUUAUAAAACUAAAGAAUUUUUGAUAAUUUAGAUUUGAAGUUUAUACUUAGAGUAUUGCAUGUAUAGUUUAUGUUUGAAGUUAUGAUUUAGGAUAUAGAGUUUGAUUAAAGAUUGUGUUUAGGAAAUUAUAGUUUAAGAUUAAGAAGAUUAAAUUUUGAGUCUAAUUUUAAGAUUUAAAGUUAUAAUAUGAAAAUAGUUUUUAAGGGUUGUCUUUAGAGUUUAGGGUUUAAAACCAUGUUAGGAUUUAGAGGUUCAAAUAGUUUUUUUUAGCGUUAGAAAAAUGCUAUUAUAUGUCUUUGAUAACAUUACGAAGUCGCUUACAUAAUUUAUUUGGCGCUUAAGUAUAAUUUUUCGCUAAGUAUUGGCGGAAUUAGUGAUUUUAUCUUUCCGCUCACUUAAUUUUCAAAAUAGCAUUAAUUAAGUGUUAUUUUAGGUUUCACUCUAUCAUAAAGUUUAUCUAACUCUAUUAUGUAAAACAUAGAUUUCUAAAUCAUCUACGAUAAAAGUUCAAUAAAACGUGCUAUAACGAUAUGCUAUCAAUGUAGACUUUUUAUAGUGAAAUGGGCAAUCAAACAAACAAAAGAAAAUAAAACAAAACUUAUCAAGCAACCAGAUGUCAGAGCUAUACAAGCAUCCGGCUAUCGGCUUGAAAUUAUAAAAAAUCUUUCUUUUUCCUUUUUUGAAAGCUAGGGUUUCCAGAGAUUGUCUGAAUAAUAGAAGACAUUUUAUGGUGACGGUUUUGCUUCGAUUUUAAAACUUUUAAUUAUGCAAGUAUAUGUAAAUUCAUAAACCCAAUAAGGGAGGAAUAUCAAAACUGAAAAAGUGUUUAAGACGACAUAUUCUCCGUUGAUGCUCAAACUGAAAUAUUCUCAUAACGAAAAAGAAAUAUAAGAUGCCUAAAAAAAAUUGACCUCUUAACUGAGAAACUUGGUGGCCAAGUCUUCUCUCAGUAUUAAUAGAGAUUUUAGGGCGGAGAAGAUGUGACAUCACCAACUCUCUCAAUUAGGUUUUUUUUUUUUUUUUUCAUUUUGAAACUCUUGCUUUUGCUAAGAUAAAAUUAUUCAUGUCUCUGCUCCUGAACCAGCCUUCCAAGCUCUGCCUUGGGAAACCUGUGUUGGUUAGGUCCUCUCCUCUUGGCUCUGAUAGCUUCUCAUCUUCAUUGCAGCAAACCCCUCCCUGUGCUAUCAUAUCCGUUAGCCCGUGUCCUUAUGCUGACGAAAUCGGAAACCUCAACAUUAAGAAUGCGAAUGAGCAUUUCGUGACUCAUGUGGAAAAGGAUGUGCCUACAGAGUUCACAAGCAUACUAAAAUACUUUCGUUUUGGUAUAUUGGGAACGAUCGGGUCGGCCCAUGGCUGGGUAGCUACUCCUCUAGAGGACGGAAGAGUCCGUCUCCAAGACGAUCUAAACCCGGCUGCAUCGUACACAGAUCCGAAACACAUUUGCCUGCCUCCUCUUGUAACUCUGCCUUAUUGCCAAACCCAACUUGUCACCAACGUGUCGAUGUCCUCAUCAUCUCCUGAGGAAGAGGACUGUGUCGUGGCUAUCAAGUUCUUCGGACCUCAACUCAGCUUAUGCAGGCCGGCUGCUCAAAGCAACUCCGAGUGGAUCAACAUCAGGAUCGCAAACCCAUGUUUCUUCUCCUCUCGUGUCAUGUUUUCAAAGAGAGAUGGCAUGUUCCACAUUCCCGGAUCAGGAGGCCAUCUCAUCGGAUCAUGGGAUCUCGAAGAACACAAGGACCAUCCUAAAAUUCAGACGUUGCGGUUCCACAACCUUGCUGAGCUGACUAUGUCCAAACUGGAGAUAUUGCAUUCGUGUUCCACAAGCGAACACUUGGUGGAGUCACAAACAACUGGUGAAACUUUCUUGAUAAAGUGGUACAGGAAGACCACCAGGAGCUUUCUUGAUAUGCCCAAAAUGAAAACAGAAGCUUUGAUGGUGUUCAAGCUAGACGAAGAAGGAAACGCUGUUUACACUCAAGACAUUGGAGAUCUCGUCAUUUUCCUCUCCAGGGCUGAACCUUUCUGUGUCCCUGCUAGCUUCUUUCCUGGCAUGUACCCCAACAGAGUCGAAAUCAUUGAUGUAGAUGAACUCGGAUCUGUCAAUCUGGCUACAGGCACCGUCUCUACUAAAAGUUCUACACACAUGGCCCCUUACUACAUUCCACCUCAAAAUAUAUAGAGCACUAGUAGUUGAUUCUCUGAUGUCAUGUCUUUUCUGUUAAGCCCUUUCAAACAACAUCAAAUCUAGUUAUGAAUGGAGUUCUCUGUUGUUGAGUAUCUUCAUUCUAUUUGAAUGGUGGUUAUAUUUCCAUUUUUUUCUGUUGUUGAAUUAACUAUAUAUCUGUUUUUGCU